CAUAGGCCCCUUGCCGCGUUGGGAACCUUAGGUACAGUACGCCGACGAUAAUACCCAGCACAUCAACCAUCCGGUCUCGUCCACCUGCCAAACCUCCCUGCUCUGGUCCAGCUUAUUGAGGGGAGACUGGCUACCGACGUUGGCUGCCAGCUUAAACCGCCACAAUGUCCUUCCUUUUUGGAAGAGCCCGCGCAAGGACGAAUACCACAGAGCUGCCCAAGCAGGCAAGGGAACAUAUUUUGAAGCUCGACGGGCCAGGAGGGGCGGCAAAGGCCGACGAACUCGCUAAAACUCUUUCACAAAUUAAACAAAUGCUGCAGGGCACACAUGGCUUGGGCACAGAGUCGGACGCAAGUCCGGAACAGGUACUGCAAUUGGUGACGAGUAUCCUCGACGAAGACCUCCUCUACCUGCUGGCCGCAAAUCUCUACAGACUACCGUUCGAGUCGCGGAAGGACACGCAAGUCAUAUUCUCAUAUGUCUUCCGCUUCCGGCCGCCGACGGCAUCGCCCGGUAGCGACCCCAUGGCUCUCGUCUAUGUCGUCGAAAAGCGGCCGCAGGUGCUGGUGGAGCUCUGCAAGGGAUACAAUUACAAGGAGAGCGCCACGCCCGCGGGGACGGUCUUGCGUGAGGUCCUAAAGAACAAGGACGCGGCGGCCGUGAUUCUAUACGACGACGGCGACGAGGAAGGGUCCAGUCAGGGGGGAGUUGCGGAAAUCGACGAGGAGCGGAGCCAGACGGGGAAUGGCGUCUUCUGGAUGUUUUUCGAGUGGAUCGACAAGAGCUCUUUUGAAGUGGCCGCAGACGCCUUCACGACGUUCAGGGAGCUCCUUACUAAGCACAAGGAGCUGGUUCCCAAGUAUCUGACGUGGAACUUUGAUCUGUUCUUCACCAAGUACAACACGAUCCUGGUGCAGUCCAACAGCUACGUAACGAAGCGGCAGUCGAUCAAGCUGCUGGGGGAGGUGCUGCUAGACCGGUCCAACUACAACGUCAUGACCGAGUACGUGGACCGCGGGGAGCACCUCAAGAUCUGCAUGAACCUGCUACGCGACGAGCGCAAGAUGGUGCAGUACGAGGGCUUCCACGUCUUCAAGGUCUUCGUCGCCAACCCGCACAAGUCGGUCCCCGUCCAGAAGAUCCUGCUCAUGAACCGCGAGAAGCUCCUGCAGUUCCUAUCCCACUUCCUCGAGGACAGGACCGACGACGAGCAGUUCAUAGACGAGCGCGAGUUCCUCAUCAAGCAGAUCAAAACCAUGCCCUCGACCCCGAUGCCGCCACAGCGCUAGCUGCUUGGUCAGUCGUGGUAAGGGGUUGGGGGUUGGUUGGGGGUAAUGAAAUUGAAAAGAGAAGAAAUAAAAAAGGGAGGGAAACUUCUCUAAGCGGGAUAAUCUAUGCAUUGCGCGCGUGAUUGUACCCCGCGCGGGUGCGGCAGGACUGGGUUGAGAAGGAUGAGAAAGAAAGAAAGCACUUCAUCCAUGGGGGUUGGGACUCAAUG